AUGAGUAAACCACCACAGCAACCCCCAUUUCCGAAUAAAUAUCAUGUUAAACUAGUUGCAUCUCUGGAUUCAAAAGCUUGUCUUAUAUGUUAUAAACCAGCAACAACAGUUCUACUAGCUGAUGGUAAUGGUGAUUUUUUCUAUACUUGUCCACAACAUUUAUUAGAUAAUCAAUUUGCCAAUGCCAUACAUCCUCAAGAGUACACUGAACUACUAGACAAAAAACAGACACUCACGGACAAGAAAUCAAAAUUGGAGAAAGAUGUUGAGUCGGAAAAACCAUAUAUUUGGAACACUGUGGCAGGAUAUUGGAAACAGAAGGAUAAAGAUAAAGACAAGGGCAAGGAUAAGGAUAAGGAUAAAUAUACAGAGUCGAAAUAUGAAAAAUUGAAACAAGAAUUGGCCGAUGUUACAAAAGAAUUAGAAGAAACAAGUAAGAAAAUCCUGGAGUUUAAAUUCAAAUUGUAUCAAUUGAAUCAAGACAUUUAUAAAAAUAGAUUGAUGUUUCAUCAAAAAAAGAAAUAUAAUCAACAAAGAGCGGUGAAAAUUCAGGAAGAAGGGUUUUUCCCAUCAGUACCUAAGCAUAGUUUAGAAUAA